AUGAAAUCCAUGGAAGAAGAAUCCCCAAUCAGUAUUUUGGCACUUCCAUAUCCCAUUAUAGCCAGAAUUUUAUACGAAUGUUGGAAAGAAACGUACAAGGUUUGUCUGAUUCUACCCAUGUUGUGUACCUGUAAACAGUUAUACUAUGGGUACAAGUAUAUGUUAUAUACAUUGAGACCGUUGGUGAUAAUCAACAAAAGUACUAAAAACACAGGGAAAGACUGUAUUCUGUGCUCUGGUUUCCUCAAGUUGCUACAGGACACCAGAAUACGUCAAAAAUUAGACACACUAUGUUUGCAUCUUUUUCCUGCAAUGUUCAAUAAUAAACUGGUACUGUCAAUAGUGACCAAUUUAAAUCAGUUUAGCAAUUUGACACACCUUAUAAUUCAUGUCAAAUCGAUGGAGUGGCUAGUUCAAUGGAUUAAGCAUUUUCCCACAACAAUAACCAUUUUAAAAAUCACAUUGGUAAAACAUGUUAUGUCAUCGUCAUCCUCACUUAACACUGAGACCUUUAGCAUUCCCGAAUUUCAACUAAAACAGUUGAAGUUCCAAUCCUUGGUUCCUUUGCAGAAAAAAAAAUUGUGCUAUGGCUUGAGUAUUAUCUCCACAGCAGCAUCCACUUAUACGCCACAAACUAUAGAAGAAAGAUAUAAAUCCAACUUGCCACUAUUUCAAACAGGGCAAGUAUUGGCUAAUUUGAUUCAUGCGAAUCGUGAAUCAUUGCAAUUUAUGGAAUUGGAGAUGAUCAAUUUAAAUGAGAUAUAUCUAAUUUUACAACAACAGUAUGGGUUUAACAACCAAUGCAGCAAAUACUUUACUACAUUAAACCUUCUCAAAGUGGACCAGUGCACAAACUAUCCAAUUUUGCAAUUGUCCCAUUGGUUGAGGAAUUGCAAACAAAUCAUCUAUCUCAAUCAUUUCUUAUCAACGUUUAUUGUCCUCCAGCAAAAUUCGUCAAGUAAUGUAAUAAAAGAGUUCAAAUACCAUAUGUCUUUAUUCGAGUAUAAAAUGCAGAAAUACAAAUAUGAGAUAAAGUUCAACUGA